UACCAUCUUCACCCGAUCCAUCCAGUGUCUCAAUGAGAAGUGACUGUUCCAUGGGUCAUCCUAAUCACUUCAGAGACGGAAAAACAAGCCCAUCAAAGAGUGAUAAAUGUGUGACAACAGUGGUCUUGGAAAAACCAUAUGAUGAUCAGCUGAACGUCAAGAAAGAUAAUGGUGUUACACGCCUCUCUGAGGCCUGGAGGAAUCAGAUCUUGGCUUCCUAUGAAAGUGAGCUCAUGAAGGUGGAAUUUGAUUCAGAACUCUUCGAAAUAGCCAAAAAAAGGAGACAUAUGGAUAAAAUGGUGGAAGCCUACAGUGAUUUAUUUGUUACAUCAAAGAAAACCUGGAGAACAGUGCUAACCCAGGGAGUUGCUGGGAUUGGAAAAACAUUUCAUACAAGGAGGUUGAUGGUCGACUGGGCAAAGCAAAAGUCCAACACACACAUAGACAUGAUUUUCCCCCUUCAUCUUGGUGAGCUAAAUGCAACAGAGGACAAAGUUCAAAGCAUCGAGGAUCUGCUGAAUACUUUUGUCAAUGAUGCUGGAUGGCAUCAAGUUUCCACUUAUCAGGAAUGUAAAGUGGCUUUCAUAUUUGAUGGCUUGGAAAGCUGUCGGCUGCCCCUUGAUUUUAAAGAGAACAAAAAACUGACUAAAAUAACUGACCGAGCAGUAAUGGAUGUUCUGCUGACAAACCUCAUCAAGGGAAACCUGUUACCUGGAGCUGUGAUCUGGAUCAUCUCUCAGCCCUCAGGAGUUAAAAGGAUUCCAGCGAAAUAUAUCAACAAGGUUUUAGUUUGUAAAGAGAUCAAUGCUCAAGAAAGACUCACGGAAAUUGGAAGAAAUGGGAUCUUGGCCGCUUACGAGACUGAAGUGGUUGAAGUGGAGACCGAAACAGAACUUUACACGAUCGACACAAACAAUAUGGAAUAUGGAGAAAAACUGGUGAAAAGCUACAAUGAUUUAUUUACAGACUUAAAGAAGAAAACUGUGCGAACAGUUCUAACAAAGGGGGUUCCUGGUAUCGGUAAAACAUUUCAAACAAAGUUGUUCAUGGUUGCCUGGGCAAAACGAAAGUCCAACAAGGAUGUGGACAUAAUAAUCCCUCUUCAGUUUAGUGAGCUGAAUGCGAGAAAAGAAGCUCUGAGCAUGGACAGUUUGCUGAAAAGCUUCUUCAGUGAUGUGGCUCAAAAAGGAAUUGGAAACUAUGAGAAGAAAAAAGUGUUUUUUAUCCUUGAUGGUUUGGAAAACUGUGAACUUCCUCUAGACUUUGACAAUAACCUUUGGCUCACAGAUAUAAAGGAGCCAGCAUUGAUGGAUGUGAUUCUUACAAACCUCAUUAAGGGAAACCUUCUCCCAAAUGCUCUUCUGUGGAUCAUCUCUCAACCUGGAGGAGUCCAAAAGAUUCCCGGUGAAUACAUUGGGCAGGUUACAGAAUGUCGAGAGAGCCUGAUGCGCAGAAAUAAACUGGUUUCAUGCCUGAAGAGAAGAUUUAUCCAAGCAUACCCUGAUGGAGGGGAAGAGGAAGUGAGUCAUCCAAACCAGGAAACCACAGAACAUGUCAUGAGAAACACCUUAGUUAGUGAGAUGGCUGAAAGUGCAUCUAGUGAAAACACUGAGCCAAAGUCCCUGAUCAAAAUAAAUGUUCCAUCUGACAUCUUUAAAAAAAGAGGGGAAGAAAAAAUCAGAACGGUGUUGACUACUGGAGAACCUGACAUUGGAAAAACCUUUCAUGUACAAAAGUUUGUGACAGCUUGGGCCAAAAAUGAAACUCGGAGCUCAUUCUUCACCUGGAAUGAAGGCCAAGGAUCACCCUUACUGGGAAAAGCUGGAGAUAAUGUAGAAGUUAUUUUUCCACUUGAUUUGUCGAAACUAGACUUAAUCAAAGGGAAACCCAUAAGUUUAGUAGAACUUCUAAAUUAUUUCUUCAUGGAAAUCAAAGAUUUUGUCGUCUCUGACUAUGCACUGUUCAAGCUAGUGUUUGUCCUGGAUGGACUGAAUGCAUGUCAACAUCUUCUGCACUUUGACAACAAUGAGACGGUGACUGAUAUCAGAGAACCAGCCUCAGUGGACGCGAUUAUAACAAACCUCAUUAAAGGAAACCUGCUUCCUCAGGCACAAGUCUGGAUAACCUCCCAACCCUCAGCUGCUGAGCAGCUCCCUGAUGUCUUUAUUGACAGAAAGACAGAAAUUCGAGAGAAACUUGAAUUUGCAAGUCAACGGAAACUCAAAUGCCAACUUAAGGAACAUCUUACCUUUGUGUCAGAAGGGAUCGAUAAGGGAAAAACCUCUGCUCUACUUAAGGAUAUCUACACAGACCUUUACAUUAUAGAGGGGGACAGAGGAGAAAUCAAUGUUCAGCAUGAGUGCAGACAGGUUCAAGAUGCAAAGUUUAAACACGAGCAAGAAGAAACACCAAUCAGAUAUUGUGACAUCUUUAAACCAUCACCUCUUAAUACAGACAUUAAAACGGUGGUAACUAUUGGAAUGGCAGGCAUAGGAAAAACAUUUGCAUCAAUGAAGUACAUGCUGGACUGGACAGAAGGAACAGUGUCUAAAAACAUUUUUUUCACUUUUCCACUUCCAUUUAGAGAGCUGAAUCUUAGAAAAGAGGAGGAGCGCAGUUUAGAGGAUCUGAUUCAUGAGUUUUUUCCAGGCAUGAAGACCUCUGAAAUAACUGACUAUGAUAAAUAUGAGAUUCUCAUUGUUUUGGACGGUCUUGAUGAGUGUCAGCUUGAACUUGAUUUCAGUGAAAGCCAUCAAUGGACAGAUGUUAGAAAGCCAGCUCCCGUGAGUGUUUUGAUGUCAAAUCUCCUCCUGGGGAAUCUCCUCCCAAAUGCCCAAAUAUGGAUUACCUCUCGACCUGCAGCAUCCAACAACAUUCCGACUGAAAAAAUUGAUCGAAUGACAGAAGUGAGAGGAUUUAACGAUGUACAAAAAGAGGAGUAUUUCCGGAAACGCUUCACUAACAGAGAGAAGGCUGAAAAAAUCCUUAAACACGUGAAGCAGUCUAGGAGUCUCUAUAUAAUGUGUCACAUACCUGUUUUCUGCUGGAUAGUCUCAAAGGUACUGGAGGAUAUUGUUCACCGAAAUCACGACGAUGGGCUGCCCAAGACUCUGACUGAUAUCUUCACAUAUUUCCUUUUACUCCAAUGCAGACAAGCUAAUGCUAAGUAUAGUGAACAUGAAGAUAGUGAAAGUAAAAGUACAGAAUCACACCCCUGUUGGAAUACCAGAAAUAAACAAACAGUCCUCUCUUUGGGCAAACUGGCCUUUGAGGCAAUAGAAAAAGGAGAACUUCUCUUUAAUGAAGAAAAUCUUACAGACCGUGGUAUUGACAUCAUAGAAGCUGCAGUUUUCUCUGGGCUGUUUACUCAGGUUAAAAGAGAAGAUCAUGGCCUGUACCAGCAAAAUAUGUUUUGCUUUGUCCAUCUCAGCAUUCAGGAGUACCUGGCAGCACUCUAUGUCUUUCACACAUUCAAUACAAAAGGAAAAAAUCUGUUCACUAAAACCACUUCCAGGUCAUCAUCCAAGCCUACAGUAGAGUUCUAUAAGAAAGCAGUUGACAAGGCGUUGGAGAGUAAAAAUGGGGACUGGGAUCUGUUUCUCCGUUUCCUGCUGGGACUCUCUAUGGAGGCUAAUCAAGUUCUACUGCAAGAGCUGCUGAGGAAAAAUGAAAAUAAUGAAGAUUCUUACACAGAAACAGUGGAGUACAUCAAACAGAAGAUAAGAGAAGACAUCCAGGACCCUGAAAAAAACCUUAAUCUUUUUCACUGUCUCAAUGAGUUGAAUGACACCUCCCUUGUUCAAGAAAUUAAGACAUUCUUACAAUCAGAUACAAAAAAAUUUGAAAAUUUCACUGCUUCUCAGUGGUCAGCUUUGACCUAUGUGCUGCUGACAUCAGAUGAGAACCUUGAUAUAUUUGAUCUGAAGAAGUACCUGAAAUCUGAGAAAGUUCUUCUGGGAAUGAUGCCAGUGGUCAAAGUCUCUCGAACUACUUUACUGAGCUGGUGUGAGCUAUCGGAAGAAUCUUGCAGAGGUUUGAAAUCUUCAGUGCUUACUUCUGCAUCCUCAAAUCUCACAGAACUGAACCUAAGUCAUAACGAUCUGCUGGAUUCAGGUGUAGAGCUUCUUGCAGAAGGACUAAAGAGUUUACAUUGUAAAGUGGAGCUUCUUAAUUUAGCAGGUUGCCAGGUGACUGAGAAAGGCUGUGAUUCCCUUGCAUCAGCACUUAAAUCUAAUAAAGUCUCCAAACUAAAAAAGCUUGAUUUGAGUUACAAUCACUCUGGAGACAAUGGACUGAGUGUGCUCAACGCUAUUGCUGAUGACCCAGCUCACAACCUAGAGACGCCGUGUUUUGACCAUAAUGGACCACAUCGGUUAAAGCCUGGGAUGAAGAAAUAUGCUGUGGAUCUCACUCUUGAUGGAAAAACAUCUAGCAGACGGCUGGUUCUCUCUGAAAAUAAUAGAGAGGCAAAAACUGAAUUUAUUCCGCAAAAAUUUAACACACGUCAAGAAAAUGAAAAAUACAGAUUUAAGAGGACCCAGGUAUUUUGUGAGGAGAGCCUAAAAGGCAUCUGCUACUGGGAGGUGGAAUGGAAAGGCGUGGUUGGGAUUGCAGUGGCGUAUAACAUUGUGGGUAGAAAUUAUGACAGUGGUGGUGGACUUGGAAGCAAUGACUGGUCCUGGAGUUUACUAUGUUCCAAGACCAAAUGCACUGCCUUUCAUGGGAAGGAUUCGUUUACAGUUAAGAUUAAGCCAUGCCCCAAAAUAGCCGUAUUGCUGGACUGGAAGGGGGGCACUCUUAGUUAUUUCAAUGUGUCAUCUGGAGAGCUGAGUCUGAUUCAUACCUUUUAUGCCAAUUUUGAAGAGGAGCUUUUUCCAGGCUUCUGGUUUCAGAAAGGCUCCAUAACCUUGUGUCGUGUAUAAAAUUUUUUUUUUAAUGAAUGCCAGCUGUUAUAAGCAACUAUACUGAACAGGCAAAACAUUGUAUUAUAAACAAGAACCAUGAUUAGCAAAAGUCAAACUAAGACUUUUUUUCUCAAUGUUUGUAAAUUGAUGAUUUAUUAAAUAUUUUUCAAAUACAUAAAUAGAGAGACCUUGUUGAAACAUAAUAGUUGUAAAAAUAGAGAUACUUUGUGACAUUGAAUAAAAGAUUUACUUUAACUUUUGGUUCAAUUUGAACACAAGUAAUUUACAUAGAAGCUGUAAAAGACUAGCAAAACAAAUAUCAGAAAAGUUGCAGUUUCAUACUUUUGCACUUAGAAAACAGAAUGUAGUAUUAUAUAAUAUAAUAAUAGUACUUAUAUUUCAGCGAUAGUAUCUAGGUGUUACUUUAUUGUAUCUCUUAUACUAUAUCUGUUGGUUGUGCUGUUCUUUUUACAUCUCUUUCCAGGUGAUGAA